UCUACACCAAGCAAACGCUAGUGGUUUUGAAAAAGAACCACAGUUCCCAAGCAUACAGUGCAUGCUAUAACCGUAUGGCGUCUGUUUGGGAUUAACCGUAGUGGGCUCAGAAUAAACAGCAGGUCUGGACUUGCUGACACCCUGGGUGUUUCGUGUCACGAUGGCGGAUGACAACAAACCGAUCAAUGAGCUAAGGUUUGAUGCUGCAGUAAAAGUCAUUCAGAGUUUACCUCCAAAUGGUUCUGUUCAGCCUUCCGAAGAGAUGCUGCUCAAAUUCGACAGUUACUAUAAUCAAGCUACGCAAGGACCUUGUGACAUCCCAAAGCCUGGAUUCUGGGACAAUGUCGGUAAAGUGAAAUGGGAAGCAUGGAGCUCUUUAGGUGACAUGCCGAAGGAGGAAGCUAUGACCGCCUAUGUUGACGAAGUGAAGCUGAUUCUGGAGAGCAUGCCAGUGACGGAUGAGGUGGAGAGGUUGCUGCAUGUUCUCGGACCCUUCUAUGAGAUGGUGGAGGAGAAUAAGAAGAUCAGCAAAGUGUCUGACCUGUCCGCAGGAUUUGGAGGUAUGCUGACAGCCUCUUCAAAAAGUAUGACUAAAAGCAUUAUCAGGACAAUGACUCAGAAUGGCACUUUGGAGAGCAGCUGCAAAAGAGCUGAACUAGAAUACAACACAUUCAUGAACACUGAAGAGGAAGAGGAAGAGGAAGAUGAAGAGGAUAUGGAAGAGGAAGAUGAAGAGGAGGAACAGAUAGAGAAAGAAAAAGAAGUUUCAGCCUUGAAUUUGAAGAAUGAAGGCUUAGUAGAAAAGCCUGAGCUCCCAUUGUCAAAUGGUAACAUGGAACACUCACCGCUGACCAAUGGCAAUCACAGUUCUAAGGCAGCCCUCAAUGUCGAAGAGCCCCAGGGGGAGCUACUGGACACCACACAUCCCCUGGAGACCACUAAACUCAACAGCCAUCUCAGCGACCACAAUGAGGACGUGUCCGGUCUGCAUCAUCUGGCCAGUGAUUCUGACAGCGAGGUGUACUGUGACUCAGUGGACCAGUUCGGUGCGGAGGAGGGUUCCGAGUGCCUCAGCAACCACUCGAUGGAGACGGACGAGGGGUGCCAUGUUAACCACCGCGCCAAGCAUCGGGCUCAAAGGAGGGAGCCCGGGGGGACAGACGAUCCGCAGAGAGGUCCGGGGGGAGUCCAGCUCGGAGGAGAGGAUGGCGAGUCCGGCAGGAAUGUUCCUCGGAGAGACAGAAUGGGCACGGACAGGCCCGAUGGCUCCUCGGCCAGGAGAGGGCGAGGUUCCAGGGACCCAGCGUUGGGAUCGAGGGCCCAGGGGAUGCUGCUGGGCAGCGCGGGAGAUGGGGAGCGCCGGGGGUCGGAGGGCAGGGCCAGCUGCAGCCUAAACGAGCAGAUCGUCACAGCGCUGGCGCGGCUACAGGAAGACAUGCAGAGUGUGCUGCGGAGGUUACAGACCCUGGAGGCCCUGACUGCCUCACAGGCGAGGUCAUUAACUCUACAACCAAAUUACCCAUCACUCCCUGCAAGUAAGGCAAAAAAGAAGCCAUCGUGGUGGCCUUUUGACAUCUCUCCCGGCACUGUGACCUUUGCCGUGAUCUGGCCCUUUGUAGUGCAGUGGCUGAUACGUGUCUACCUGCAGAGGAGGAGAAGGAAAAUAAACUGAUGACCUGAUUGUCCCUUGCGUAUGAAGACCAAAUGCUGCGAAGAGGGCACUCGCAGUCCAUAGUUUUGUUUUUGCAUUCUUCUGUGUGUACAACUCGCUUUUGCACUGAUAGCACUACUGAACAAAAAGUGCUUUCUGCCAUCUGCUGAUACUAGAAAUGGGUUCAAUCAAAGAAAAAAUGUGAAUGUAUGACAUGGUAACUUUAAUCAUGGAACAUUUUUAUAUAAUAUCUGUCAGAAGUGGCAGUGCACUAGCAGCAUUAACUUAUGAAAUAUAGACAACUGUAUGGAUGAAUAUUUUUGUUUACGGUUUGACGGUAGUACAUUUUUCGCUUUGGUUCUCCUGUCUCUUAGUUUGAUGUGUAAACCUAAACCCUAAUCCUGUAUCAUGUAUUACACAAUUAGGUUCAAAGGGCAUUAAGGUUAUACUCACAGAAAGCUAAUGCAACCCUUAGUAACAAGUAGCGAUGAACACUAUGUACCGAUUAUCAAUUAUGCAGAAAUAGCUGCCAAAGUAUGUUAAAUCUGAAGUUAAAUUCCAGGCUGUAAUUGUGUUUUCAAUAAGUGACAUUUGAACGGAGUUAAUUGUUGUGUUUUGCUACGAAUGUAUUUUAUUAGCAAAUAACAGAUGUAGGGGCAAGUGGUAUUUUAUAGAGUGUAUGAAUGAAACUGUAAUACAGGCUUGGGGUUUUAUUCCCAGUAGCUGCUGAAGGGAUUUAUUCUAUGUGAUGUGUAUGUUCAACGUUUAAUGCAUUUAUAAUAGCUGUGGCCAGACUGGUCUUUGAAUUUUUUCUCAGUUUAUGUAGCUUAAUGGAAACAGCCUAUACACCAUUUUCAAUGUAAUUUCAUGACAUUGCACCACUGACGUUUAAGAUGAUACAAGACAGUGUAGUUAAGAGUCCUUGAAGUAUAAAGAUGCAGUACGUCAGGAUUCACCUGUAACCCUCAGAACAGUUUCAUGGAAAUAGGGUAGAAUAAACGGGUGACUAAUCCGAAUUAAAAAAAGAUAAAGACCCAAGCAGCAUAAGUGAAGUGACUUUCAAAUGAAACACACUACUUUACGCUUAAAGGUAAAGGUACUAUGAUCUCCACGGACACCCCACACAGCGGUACGUGGUUUCCUCCAGUUAUUUCAGUCGAAACCUCAGAUGCCAGAUGUACAUCUAAAAAGUUUCCAUCCUAGGGACAGUUUUCAAAGUGAAAUUAAUCAAACAAAAAAAUGUUUCAUUAAUUGCUUAAAUGUGAAUUGUGGUGGACCAAAGAUGUCCAGUUUCCAUCACAGGACACACAUACCACUUCCACUCACAUGCAAUUAAGACCCUCCAGUUAACCUAACCUGCAUGUGUUUGGACUGUGUGAGGAAACUAGAGCACCCCAGAGAAAACCCAUGUGGAACAGGGGUGGGUUUCCUCUGGAAAAAGCAGAGAACAUGCAAACUUCACACAGAAAGGCCCAGGCUGAGAUUCAAACCCAGGACUUUCUUGCUACCCACUGUACCACCUGGUUUGGGAUCAUGUUAAUAGUUGCCUAGAGGAGACAACGAUCAAAUACAAUAUUUUAAUUACACUAUGGAAAGAGCUGAAAAAGAUUAACUGUAUUUUCAAUGAAUCUGUAAUAUAGUUUGCUUUUGCAAUAGAACUGAUUGUACAGUUACAGAUGACUUCUUAAUGCAUUUACUAUCUUUCUAAAUAAAGCUCAGCUUUCUCACUUU